AUGCAUUUGGGAAGUGCGUACCAUCACGGGUUGUACGGCCUCGUGAAAUCCGCUAAGAAAGCCGCGAAGAUUUACCGGCGCGCCGUGGAGCUCGGGAACGUGGAGGCGAUGAAUAACCUUGGGAGAUUGUACGAGACUGGAAGUGGCGUCAAGCUGGACAAGAAGAAGGCGGAGCGGCUGUAUCGCACGGGCGCAGAUCGGGGCGACGCGUUCGCGCAAUGCAAUUUAGGUCUGUUACUUGAUGAUGAGCAGAAACAUGAAGAAGCGUUCCGGUACUACGCGCUCGCGGCGGAUCAAGGCUAUACCGAUGCGGAGUUGAACCUUGGCUUCUGUUACAGGGACGGAGAAGGCGCGGAAGUCGACCUCGGCAAAGCCAGAUACUGGUUCGAGCGCGCCGCUGCCAAGGGCAACCAGUCGGCUAUAGAGUCCCUGGCGGACCUCGACGCGCAAUUAUAG